AUGAACUCUCCAAAUGUAAAGUGGAAGGCGAAUCUCAGACCAACUCUAACCAGGAAUGCAAUUUUAACAUGGAAAUUGAAAAUGAUGAAGCAAGUCCUUGAUGACCUAGAAUUUCUUGAAAGCCAAAAGGGCCAUCUAGGUUUGAAAGAGUGUGUUGGAUCAGGAUCAGGUAGUAAAGGGUCACAAAAAUUACCAUCAACGUCUUUGGUGGUUGAAACUGACAUUUAUGGCAGAGAUGAUGACAAAGAAAUUGUCUCUAAUUGGUUGGCAUCUGACACUGACACUCGUAACCAGCUAUCAAUACUUUCUAUUGUGGGCAUGGGUGGAGAGUGUAAGACCACACUUGCCCAACAUGCAUACAACGACCCAAGGAUAGAGGGUAAAUUUGAUAUCAAAGUUUGGGUUUGUGUUUCUGAUGAUUUUGAUGCUUUCAACCUAAGCUUUUGUAAGAAUUUGGAGGAGCUGCCCUUAAAUUUGCAACGCCUUGAAUUUGGAGACACUAAAGUGAAAAAGAUGCCAAUGCAUUUGGGAAAACUUAAGAAUCUUCAAGUAUUGAGUUCGUUUUAUGUUGGCACAACUACUGAGUUUGGUAUUCAACAACUAGGAGAACUCAAUCUUCAUGGAAGGUUGUCAAUUGGGGAGCUUCAGAAUAUUCAGAAUCCCUGGGAUGCAUUAGCAGCAGAUUUGAAAAAUAAAAUACACCUUGCGGAGCUAGAGUUAGAAUGGAACCAAAAUUCUGAUGAUUUAACAAAAGAAAGGGAUGUGUUUGAGAAUUUACAUCCUUCCAAACACUUGAAGAAGUUGUCAAUCAGGAACUAUGGCGAUAAACAAUUUCCAAGUUGGUUAUUUGAUAUGUCAUUAUAG